GGGCCAAACUCACUUAACAAAUUUCUUACUUAAGUGCAGAAAUUUUGGGCUCAGUUCCAGUCAUAACUCAGGCACUACCUAUUACUUAUAAGCUGGCCUCCCUUGUAAGACAAUUGCAGGAGACCUACAUCUGUUGCUUAGGGGGAACUUUAUGCAAUAACCUCCUGACAAGUUUGGUCCCAGGGCUGCCUGUUCUUUUUCCCUGUUAGCGGGAAGCAAUAAAUCCAGCCAGCAUGGAAAAGAUUUAGCAGUCAGUAGGGUGGUGGAGGGAAACACUGGAGCCAGAAAUAAAUGCAAGGGGAGGUGUCCAGACCCUGUCCCUAUUUUCAGUUUUGAGUUGGUAGGGCUGUAUUGCAGGAGGAGAUACCUUAACUGACCCGCACUGAAGAGGAGAAGAAAGUUGAGUAACUGAAUUUGCCUCAUCUGCUGCGAAGGAAAUAGCAGUUUUUUGCCAGUACUGCCCCACCCAGUUUAGAUGCAUUGCUGUUUACCCAUUGCCACAUUUCCCCACAUCAGACAAAGAUUAUCCUACUAUGGCAAUAAGGAACUGUUAUUUCUGAGGGCAGGGCAAGUGCACCACAAAUUAAACCACCUGUUGGAAGCCAAUCUGCAGACAAGAGUGGCUUCAAUCCACGGGAGAAGAAGGACGCUGGUGAAGCAAGAAGAGUGAGGAUUGAAAAGGGUAACCAAGGCAAAAGAAAAAAAAAGAUUAGCAGGACUUGGGGGGGAGCAUCUGGAAGAAGAAGGAGAAGGAGAAGGAGAAGAAGAAUCAUCUGCUGAGAAGCGAGCAGAGACUUUGCAGAACUUCAAGGAAAGGGAAGGAGAGGAGAGCAGGCUGCAAGAUGAGCAAUCCGGAGAAUGAGAAGACACCUCAAAUGAAUGAACUCUUUCAACCUGAACAACAGACUGAUCCGAUGAAAUCAGCUAUUAAUCCACCGCCUCCAAUGUAUGGGGCAUCUCCCUCUAUGCCGUACCAGUACCAAGGUUAUGGUGGACCUGCUGGAGCCAUACCUAUGCAGCCUCAACAGACCGUCUACAUCACCAAUGUCCAAUCGGUCAAUGAACCAGAUUAUUUGGGCUACUCCAUCUUCACCCUCCUUUGCUGCUGCCUGCCCUUGGGCAUUGCUGCCUUGAUUUUCUCUAUAAAGACUCAAGGAGCCAAUCACCGGGGAGACAUCAUGUCUGCUAAGAGAUAUUCCAGACUGGCCCUCACCUUGGAUCACACUGCACUUGGAUUGGGGAUUGCAGGGAUCGUUCUGGGUAUUAUUUUAAUCAUUAUUUACAGCACCGUAGCUGUAACAAUAGUAUCAGCUCAACAGGACAACUUUGGAAAUUAGAAUCCCUGAAGACACAAUAUUAUCUUAAAGGAUUUCUGCACUUAAUACGCGGAAGGGAAGUCAGAAAUCUAAAAUAAAACCAUAGCCUUCGAAUGAAUGUAAAUAUAAAUCAUGUAAAUCUCUAAUCAAGCUCAAAUCAUGUAAGAAUGUAACCGUAGGCUGGUCCUUCAGAGUUCCCACUAGUUUACACAUACUUUGUUGACCAGCAAUGACACCGAAGAACCAGUGGUGGGAUUCAAAUAAUUUAACAGCUGGUUUUCUGCUCUAAUGACCAGCUGGGUAGGUGGG